AUGUCGAAGGUAUUACUGAGUCGAGAACUGCCGGAUAUUGAGAACCUUCUUAAGCUUAACCCGACUGUUAAGCCAUAUACCAACCUGGUGCCGUCAGUUCAGACGAAGAAGAAUAAACAACACUGGAAAAGAAAUGCGGAUAGAAAAUGCACUAACUACUAUGGCGCCGCCAAAGCAAUUCUUUCAGAUAAUCCCUUAGGUCUCACUUGUGGAAUGGUUUGCCCAACCAGUGACUUGUGCGUCGGUGGAUGUAACUUACACGCGAGUGAAGAGGGCGCCAUUAAUAUUGGGGGGUUACAACAUUUUGCUGUUGAAACUUUCAUGAAAAUGGGCAUCUCUCAAACAUUGGAUCCAAAAACCAAACCUUUGCCUCGAGGUGAUAAAAAAAUUGCUCUGAUAGGCGGCGGACCGGCUAGUUUGAGUUGUGCUUGUUUCUUGGCAAGGAUGGGUUAUAAAAAUAUUACGGUGUUCGAGAAAGAACAGUAUCUUGGAGGACUUAGUUCAUCAGAGAUCCCCCAGUAUCGACUUCCAUAUGACGUGGUUCAAUUCGAGAUCGAUCUCAUCAGGGACCUCGGAGUGAAGUUCGUCACAGGAAGGAAACUUUCAACCAGUGAUAUAACUGUUAAUGGACUUUUUAAAGAUGGUUUUGAUGCUGUGUUUCUUGGCAUCGGUCUACCCGAGCCAAAAAGCAUUCCUAUCUUCGAAGGUCUAACUCCAGAAAUGGGAUUCUAUACUAGCAAACAGUUUCUACCUUUAGUGUCCAAGGGCAGCAAAAGAGGUCUAUGUAGCUGUUCGUCAUUGCCGGUUCUGUCUGGUAAUGUAUUGGUUCUUGGCGCGGGAGACACUGCCUUCGACUGCGCCACGUCAGCCCUCCGCUGCGGCGCAAAGAAAGUGUUCGUGGUAUUCAGAAAGGGCAUCACUCAUAUAAGAGCUGUUCCCGAAGAGGUUGAUCUGGCUAAGGAAGAAAAAUGUGAGUUCAUACCAUUUAUGUCGCCGCAAGAAGUAAUCGUUAGAAACGGAAAGAUAACUGCCUUAAAAAUGUUCCGAACUGAACAAUUAGAUAAUGGAGAAUGGAUCGAAGACCCAGAUCAAGUGUUACAGCUGAAGGCAGACUUCAUCAUAUCCGCGUUCGGAUCUGGACUUUAUGAUGAAGACGUGAAACAAGCGAUGGAAGGUGUUAAAUUAAAUAGCUGGGGUCUUCCCGAAAUAGAUAAUACUUGUAUGCAGAGUUUGAGCAACCCAAAAGUGUUCAUUGGUGGUGACUUGGCCGGCGUCGCUGAAACUACCGUCGAAUCCGUUAAUGAUGGAAAAACAGCCGCUUGGUACAUGCAUUGUUACUUACAGGGUAUACCAUUCUCAGCGGCCAUUGAACUGCCAAAAUUCCAUACGCAGAUAGAUGAAGUGGAUUUAUCAGUUGAGGUCUGUGGUAUCCGGUUUGAGAAUCCCUUCGGCCUAGCGAGUGCUCCGCCAACCACCAGCUCAGCAAUGAUAAGAAGAGCCUUCACACAAGGCUGGGGCUUCGUUGUCACUAAGACCUUCGGGCUUGAUAAGGAUCUCGUCACUAACGUGUCACCUCGUAUAGUACGCGGCGUGACCUCGGGAGAGAACUACGGACCCGGACAAGGAUCCUUCUUAAAUAUUGAGCUCAUCUCAGAAAAAUGUCAAGCUUACUGGUGUCAGAGUAUUACGGAACUAAAACGGGACUUCCCUACUAAGGUGAUAAUAGCGUCUAUAAUGUGUUCAUACAAUGAAGACGACUGGACGGAGCUGGCGAAGAGAGCCGAGGCGAGCGGCGCGGACGCUUUAGAACUCAACCUGUCCUGCCCGCACGGUAUGGGAGAGAGCGGGAUGGGGCUAGCGUGUGGACAGGACCCAGUGCUCGUGAAAGGUAUCUCCCAGUGGGUGCGUAAGGCUGUAAACAUACCGUUCUUCGUGAAGCUGACUCCCAAUAUAACUGAUAUAGUAGCAAUAGCGACCGCUGCUUAUGAAGGUGGCGCUAGUGGUGUGUCAGCCAUCAACACCGUUUCCGGUCUAAUGACAGUUAGAGCGGAUGCUACUCCCUGGCCUCAAGUCGGUCGCGAGAAAAGCACAACAUACGGCGGUGUAUCUGGUAACGCGACCCGGCCUAUGGGUCUACGAGCGGUGUCCGCCAUCGCUAACAAGUUACGGGGAUUCCCCAUACUCGGUAUAGGAGGCAUCGACUCAGCGGAUUCAGCCUUGCAGUUCAUUAUGUGUGGAGCACCUGUCGUUCAGAUCUGUAGUGCGGUUCAAAACCAGGACUUCACCGUAGUUGAGGAUUAUAUAACAGGUCUUAAGGCGCUUCUGUAUUUACGAUCUAUGGGCCUCCAAGGAUGGACGGGGCAGUCCCCGCCUACCAACAAACAUCAGAAGGGAAAACCGGUGCAAACUAUAUGUGAUGAAAACGGAAAGGUGUUAGCACACUUCGGUCCUUAUAUUAAGAAACGCGAAGAAAUACUUCACAAGCAGCGUUUAAAUACUGAUAUUUUAGCUGACAACUCUAUAGAAUAUUCACGUGGGAAUAUCAACGGAAAUAGUUUGGUGCCAAGGAUCAAAGAUAUUGUUGGUGAAGCUUUAAGCAGAAUCAGUACAUAUAAAAAACUAGACAAUACAAAACAAGUUGUCGCCUUGAUUGAUGAUGAUAUGUGUAUUAACUGUGGUAAAUGUUAUAUGGCGUGCGCGGACUCUGGAUACCAGGCUAUUGAAUUCGAUGAACAAACUCACAUUCCUCAUGUUACUGAAGACUGUACUGGCUGUACUUUGUGUUUAUCCGUUUGUCCUAUCAUCGACUGUAUAUCAAUGGUUCCAAAGAAAAUACCACACGUCAUAAAACGAGGGCUUCACUACGAGAUACACCCUGUAUCGCCAUUGGAUGGAGUUUGUCAAUAA